AUGGCGGGCGCGUCUCAGCGUCGCAGCCACGGCACUCUUGUCAAGACACUGUCGACGGCUAGUGACGACGGUACACUGGCCGAUGCCCCACUUGACGUCACACCUGUUGGUGUUGUCGACCUUGAAGAGCGGGAUAACAGUGUCCAACCUGCCUCCGCGCAAGAAGGCGGCACUGCUCACGAUGAGAUUGCUCCCUUAGGUAAAAACGUCGCCGAGGCUCUCCAGAUUGUUGGUAAGCUGGAGCAGCUUGGUCUGGACAAACAAGAGAUCUCGCUGCCCAAGUGCAUUGUGUUAGGACAGCAAUCCACGGGCAAGUCUUCUGUGAUCGAGGCGAUUUCAGGCAUUAAGACUCCUCGAGACACCGGCACAUGCACCCGCUGCCCGUUAUUUAUCGAGCUUCAGCCGUCCGCCGAUCCGCGAGGCACUUGGCACGCAGAAAUCCAUCUGAUGCGCCAGUAUGAGGUCGAUCUUGACCCCCGCAGGCCCUAUGCAGAGAUUGAAUUCCAGGGUUGGGUUCCAGCUGCUGUCCAGACUACCACACCAUUUGCCCAGACCAACGACCCAGACCAGCUCGAAUAUCUGAUUCGCUGUGCGCAGCGUGCAACAUUGAGCCCCCUUGAGAAUCCGGCGUCAUUCCUCGACCCAACCUUCGAUCACCGCGAUAUCCACAAAACCCUUUUCAGUCCAAACGUGGUCUGCAUUUCCAUCUCGAAACCCGGUCUGCCGCCACUGAGUUUCUAUGACUUGCCCGGAAUCAUCUCCUUCGCAGAUGAUGAUGAGGCAUUCACUGUAACCUUGGUAAAGAGGCUUGUGACCAAGUAUAUCAGAGAUCCGGAGGCGCUGAUCCUUCUCACUUCUCCUCUGGAGACAGACGUCGAGAACUCGGUUGCUGCGGGCAUUGCAUCAAGGGAAAAUGUGAAAAACCGCUGUUUGGGAGUCCUUACCAAACCGGAUCGUCUUCCCGUAGGCGAGUCUCCCACACGUCUGGCGAACAUCCUCAAAGGUCAACAUUUCGCGAUGGGACAUGGGUACUUCGUGGUCAAGAACCUGAACUCCGAUCAGAUACAACAAGGACUCACUCACCUCGAUGCGCGCAGACUGGAGCAAGAGUUCUUCGAGUCAGUGGCGCCUUGGUCGACUGACCUACAAGACUACCGGUCACGCUUUGGUACGAUCAACUUGCAGCAGUAUCUGUCUUUGCAGCUUGGCAACCAGGUCCUAUCCGAACUUCCAGUCAUUCGUCGCCAGAUCGAAGACCACCUGGCCGUGGUUGAGGCGGAGCUGAGCCGCAUCCCUGAAAUACCCCUGCAUACUGCCACCCGUACGGUCGAUGAUGUGCUGUACGCAUUCGCUAGCACUGUGCGGAGUGAAAUUGCCGGUGACCACGGCUUCAUGACAUGGAGCAAUACCUGGGAAGAAAUCCAGCGGACCAUGUGGGACAUGUUGUUGCAACUGAAGCCAACCAUGGCAACAACUGGAGCACUUGACGAGGGCUUGUACUUGUCCACACUGUCAGGGCGUUCAUCUGAAGACUCAAUUGUGAUCGACUCGGACGACGACGAGGAGUCGUCUGGUGGCCCGGAGACACCAAGCAAAAAGAGGAAGCAUAUUCCUCAGCCUAAGCGAGAAGGACAGACUCCAGCACCGGCACCAUCUCCAUUUCGAACACCAAAGAAGCCAAUCAGAAAGGGAAUGUCCCAUCAGCCUCCCGGUACGCCAUCUUUGACCCAGCCAGACAAUAUCGCGGCGCUGAAGAGAACGUACAACCUGGACGAAGUGGCCUUGUACAUCAGCCAGAACUCUAAGAGCAGGGUUCCGGGCCAGAUCAAUCCAAAGGUCCGCGAGGAGAUGAUGCUGGCUGCGCUAGAACAUUGGCCUCGCGUUAUUACAAAGUUCUUCGAUGACCUCGAGCAGCACUUGAAGCAACGUAUGAAGGGCUCAGAAUUAUACACGGCGUCGUUUACAAUUAUUGCAGGCCUGCUACACAACCACAUAUCCCAGCAGCGGACGACGAUGGUUAGCGAGAGCUUGGAGGAUGAGCUGGAAGGCCCCCAUAUCUUCCACAAGGACAUCUUCAAGACCGACAAGGCGGCCAUGAUGGAGCGCUAUGCUCAGGCACGUGCAAACGCUCGCUUCAAGAUGUAUGUCAAGGACGCUGCUGCACGUCUUGGCCGAGACAUGACCCAAAAUGAGAAGGACAAGAUCCGCAAAGACGAGAAGCGGAUGUCGCGAAUCCAGCAGGAGCCCUACCCAGACGAGGUCGAGCUCGUCGCCGACAUCACGACAUACUAUCUGAUCGCCGCCCGCCGCUUCCACGACUCCGUCACGAUGCGCAUCGAAUCAAAGUUCUUCAAGCAGCUGCGCGAAAAGCUGCGUGACCAGCUGCAGGACGAGCUCGGCAUCCACGACGGGUCUGCGGGACCGUACAACGCCCAGCGUCUGCUGGCAGAGUCGCCCGAGCGCCUGGCUCGACGCAACAUCCUCGUCGCGAAGCGCAAGGCGUUGCUCGAGGGCCUGCAGUGCUUCAGCGAGCACUUCCAGCGGUUCCAGGCUAAUAACGCGAAUGGCUCAGCUCACGGCCUAUCAAAUGGCCAGCGCCCUGCCGUGCAUGAUGAUGAGAUGGAAGACGUGCGCGCGCCGGGCCUUGCGAUUCGUGGCGCGAGCCGUCCUGCAGUGUGAGAUGAAUGUCGGCUCUCUGGAGCUGUACAUUUGAAGGUGUUCCCGAGUAUGCUCAACUGGCCUUACAUCGCUUUUGACGUGGACUACUUGUGUAAACACUUGGGUACGCAGUACUCUUGGCACGUGUUCUUGUUGCACUGCUUGUUUGUUUUGCAUACCGCAUCCAGAACGAAGGAAUGGUAGUGUUUUACAGUAUCAGGAUAGCAAGUUCGCACUCGCAUCUGCUGCUCAACGCUGGGCACGCCGACGUUGUUCCGCUGAGGCACCGUUUGUAUCGAACUUACAUAGUUCUCUUGAAUAGAGCU